CAUUAAACUUGGGAUGAAGUUUGAAGCGUGUAUACACUUAAUCAACAAGGAAAGAGGGAAGAAGUUAGGAGAGUGCCUUUUGAUUUGAGCCACGCGUAUCAUUAGUAGUAUCACUAUCAAGAUUCAAGGCACAUAUUUCAGCGGGAACGCAGAAAAAUCCAUCAUCCAUCACUCUCUAUCUAGCUUCCUCUCUCUUCACUUUUCGAUUUCGCUACUUAGGGCUUUAAUUUAUUCGUUUUAUCAAUCAAUUACUUCUCCAUGUUCAAAUUCUGGGGAUCUCAAGACCAGGGAUCACAAUCCCGUCCUGAAUAUGCACAAUCAUCAUAUCCUUCCUCUGUAGUUGAUUCUCCAAGUUCUUCUCGACUCUCAGAAACUGGUAGCAAUUUAUCUAACAAUUUCAAUCCACAAAAGCCAUCUGACAGACCAGACUCUGGUUUGCAUGUCUCGCCUUCUGAAGCUGCUGAAAUUAUUUCAACACUUAGAGACAAGAGUGUUGAUGAGUUACGAAAGCUUUUAAAUGACAAGGAGGCCUACAAUCGUUACUUUCUCUCUCUUGAUCAAAUAAAGACUCAAAAUAAUGUGAGAGAUGAAUUGCGAAAGGCAACUCUUCAGCUUGCAAGAGAGAAUUUAGAGAAGGAACCACAGAUAAUAGAGCUCAGGAAUCAGUGCAGGAUCAUUCGCACAAGUGAAUUAGCUGAUGCUCAGGAGAAAUUGAAUGGUUUGGAGAGACGGAAAGAGGAGAUCAUGAAGUGCUAUUCUCCAGCAUCACUUCUUCAGCAAUUGCAAGAGGCAAUAAACCAAACAGAUCAGGAUUCCGAGGCGCUUCAUCGCCAGUUCCUUGACAGGGAGAUUGAGCUGGGGGCGUUUAUCCAGAAAUAUAAGAAAUUACGUUCUAUUUACCACCGUCAAUCACUCACUCAUCUGGCAGCCAAGACAUCAUCUUCAUUGGGAUGACUCUAGUUUGUCUUCAGAAAAUGUUUCUGUUUCUAUGAUAGGGAAUACGAGAUUGGAAGACCAAGGGAGAAAGAGGUACGAGUUAUAUAACUCUGGAUACAAAUGUUAUGCUAACUACUUCAAUUAACAAUAUCAAAUUGUACUUUAACAUGGAUUUGAUUGAAGAGUUCAAAUAAAAUUCUUAAAAUGUCUCUUUUGGUGAAUCAAAAAUAAGCUUUUAGAUUGAAAAGUAAUUUGACGUAUAAUGUUGGUCACUAACAGCAAUGCAUUUACAACAAGUCAGCAGUAAAAGAAAAAAAGUCAAAAUGUUACAAGGAUAGAUAAGGUAAAUCUGAAAAUUUGAAAUGAUUAAGACAAAUUAACAACAAAAUAAACGAAAUAAGAUAAGUUUCAACUUAUUUCCAAAAGUAAGCGUGUAAUUUUCAAACUUGUGGUUUGGGGCUGUUCGCAGUUACUAACUGCGAACAAGUCAAAAAAAAAAAACGAACUAGCUAUUCCCCGUUAGUAACUGGAAACAACUUUUAUUUUUUUUAGCUGUAACUGCAAACAACAUGCUCCACAAAUACGCACAGGUCCAAAAAAAGUGAAGUAGCUAUUUGCAGUUACAGGUCAAAACAAAAGUCAAAGCUAUUCGCAGUUAGUAACUGGAAACAACUAGUUUGUUUUUUUUGACUUGUUCGCAGUUACUAACUGCGAACAGCCUCAAACCACAUGUUUGAGAAUUGCACGCUUACU